AUGACAGGCCAAGACAUCUUCGACGAGAAACACAAAAUAGGUGAGCAGGUCAUCGACUCGCCUCCAAGUGAGCUUGACCAUAUUGUGAAAGACUGGGACGGGGAAGAAUCAGCCGUUCGACGAAAAAUCGACUUUACCCUCAUUCCAAUUCUUGCAGUCGCGUUCUUCGCCUUGCAAAUGGAUCGCGGCAAUAUUAGCGCCGUCUUGACAUCAACCAUCACAAAAGACCUCAAUAUCACAACGAAUCAAAUUAAUAUCGGGUCGCAGUUGCUCUCCGCUGGUAUUGUCCUCUCUGAAAUUCCAUCAAAUAUUAUUAUGCAGCGAAUUGGACCCCGUAUCUGGUUGUCGGGGCAGUUGUUCGCUUGGGGUUUGGUUGCUACGUUCCAGGCCUUUGUUCAGUCGUAUCCUGCGUACCUGGUUACGAGAAUUCUGUUGGGAUUGUGUGAGGGCGGGUUUAUUCCUGGCGCUCUAUACUACCUUUCCACCUGGUAUAAGAAGGGGGAGACUAGUCUUCGCACCAGUCUCUUCUUCUACGGGCAGAUGUUCGCAUCGGCCACAUCCAGUUUGAUAUCUGCCGGACUUCUUCAGCUGAAUGGCACCCAUGGCAUGGAGGGAUGGAGAUGGAUUUUCCUGGUCGAGGGAUUAAUAACCCUCUUCAUCGCAAUUUUAUUCACUCUCCUCGUGCCUCCAUCGGCUGGAGAUGGGCGUGCAUUGAUCGCUUUCGGGCGCUGGAGCUACUUCACCGAGCGCGAGUCAUACAUCAUUCGCAACCGCGUUUUGCUAGAUGAUCCUCUCAAAGCCAAGGGCCAUAUCCAGAUCUCAGGCUCUGAGAUCUGGCAGACCGUCAAGCAGCCGCGCAUCCUGCAACACGUUUUCGUGACUUUGGUGGCCAUGUCUGGCUUCUCUGGUUUAACCCAAUAUACGCCCAGCAUGAUCAAAGCGCUGGGUUUCGGUGCCGUCAAGGCAAAUGCCUUGGCUUCGGUUCCAGUCUACUGUAGUAUGAUAUGGUUAAUUGCUCUGUCUUUUGCUGCGUGGGUGCUUUCUAUGAGUAGUGUAUGGUGA